CGAACCUCAAUUUUCGACUCUUGCGAAGCUCCAACUCAACAUCGUCCCAUGGCGGCACCCACAGCGUCUGGACUUUGGUGGCUACGUGCUGUCACCCAAGGAUCAUGUCCCGCGUCCAGUUAGGAUGAUUUUCUCGCCCUAGGAACCAGCCUUCGAUGGCACCCACGGAGCCCACAAGCCAUGCCCGAUUGAUGCCCCCUAUCUCGUGCAUGCGAAGACUGCUGACCUACUGGGCCCUGGAGGCAACUUCAAGCGCUCACAGUAUAUUCUACAGUCUCCGUGCACAGGGUUCCUAGUUAUCUAUGACUUCUCCGCCCUGAUCUUCCAUUUGUUUACCGUUGAUCAUUCUCUUCUUCUUGGCCCAACUGUCUUGAUAGAUAGGUUUUAUUAUUGCUUUUCAUUGUUGACGCGACUCUACAGAGCGUCCGCGGUGGACACACGACCAAGUGUGCGUUUCAAAAACCGCAGCCAUCUUGUGGUCUGUGUGUCGAGUCUCGAUCUUACCGCAGCAACGUAGACGAACUGUGGGUUGCUAGGGCCGAACGUCAGAGCUGUGGACUCCUCUUUUCAAAAGCGAGAACCAUGGAGUCUACGCCACCGCCGCCAUACUUAUACGAGGUGCCGCUGGGACGGUCGAAUACCACGACGCAUAAUAAUGCUCCUAUGUACUACCUGGAAAAGCCCUUGGCCAGAUCAAACACAAUGUCGAGAACGUCUGUCAUGUCGGAACGAACACGGUCGACCCCUCUCUCGAGGUUGUUGUUGUCGGGGGAGGUCAGCGGAGAAGCGCCUCGAGACUUGACCUUGAAAGAGAAGUUGGAAAGAUGGAUGGUCAAUGAAGGGUCAAGACGAGUGGUGGUGGGAGUGUUCGUGCUGGUUCACGGACUGAUAUUUGCGUUCGGCUUCAUGAACUACCAGCUGAAGGACAACCUUACAAACGCCCGCGCGACAUUUGGGAUCACGUAUCCAAUUGCGCGAGCUGCGGCAUUGGUCUUACAUUUCGACGUGGCUUUGAUCCUCUUUCCCGUCUGCCGGACCCUGAUAUCCUUGUUGCGACAAACACCUCUCAACAGUAUCGUUCCUUUCGACAAGAACAUCACUUUUCACAAGACCGUGGCCUACUCAAUUGUCUUAUUCACCUGGGUCCAUACCAUUGCGCAUUGGCACAACUUUGCCCAACUUGCAGCUAAGCAAAAGCUCGGUUUCGUUGGGUUCUUGAAAAUCAACUUUUUCACUGGUCCCGGCUGGUCCGGCUACGUCAUGCUGUUUUCUCUAAUGGCCAUGGUCUUCACUUCGAUUGAGAAGCCUCGGCGUGCGAACUACGAACGCUUCUGGUCCGUACACCAUCUCUUCGUCAUCUUCUUCGGCUUCUGGUCCAUCCACGGGGCCUUCUGUAUGAUUAAGGCCGAUUCCGCACCCUUUUGCUUCGGUACAGGUGUCUUUUGGGAGUACUGGAUGUACGGCGGCUUUGCAUACCUGUUGGAACGGGUCCUUCGAGAGAUCCGUGGCCGUCACAAGACCUAUGUCACCAAGGUCAUUCAACAUCCCAGUAACGUCGUCGAGAUUCAAAUGCACAAGGAGAGAACCAAAACCAGGGCUGGCCAGUAUAUCUUCUUGUGUUGUCCCGAAAUCUCUAUCUGGCAAUACCAUCCCUUCACCUUAACGUCGGCUCCUGAGGAGGACUACAUCUCCGUCCACGUCCGCAUGGUCGGCAACUUCACCAAAGCCCUCGGCAAAGCGCUUGGCUGCGAAGAAGGUAAGGGUGGAAAAGGAGGUGAAGUUGGCGAAAAGAAGCAGCGCUCAGAAGUGGUUUCUAUGGCACCAGGCGCUGGCCUGACGAAACUCUUGCCCCGAAUUUAUGUUGACGGUCCAUUUGGAUCGGCCUCCGAGGAUGUGUUCAAGUUCGAGACCGCCGUUCUGGUCGGUGCUGGUAUUGGAGUGACGCCAUUCGCCAGUAUUCUGAAAUCGAUUUGGUACCGCAUGAGCGCUGGUAACGACGGCAAUACACGCCUACGCAAAGUGUACUUUUUCUGGGUCUGCCGUGACUUUGGAUCUCUCGAAUGGUUCAAAAGUCUUCUAAUGGCCAUUGAGGCGCAAGACAAGCAACACAAGAUCGAGAUCCAUGCUUACCUCACUGCCAAAAUAUCCGCAGCAGACGCGAACAACAUCAUGCUCAACUCUACUGACACCGAUGCCAUUACCGGUCUUCGUACCCCUACUAACUUUGGCCGUCCAAACUGGGAUAUGGUUUUCCGGGCAAUUCGAAAGCUACAUUCACCUGGCGAGGCUGGCGUGUUCUUCUGCGGUCCAAAGGGCCUCGGCUCUCAAUUGCACAUUAAGUGCAAUAUGUACAGUGAGGGUGACAAAGGGUACAACUUCGUCUGGGGCAAGGAAAAUUUUUAGAUUCCACGUUCUUUUUUUUGGGCGAGUUCCAGCAUCGUUGUACAACAGAAGAAAGGUCCGAUACUACUUUUGGCUUCUCAAAAAAAUAUUCGAGCAUUGCGACAGCGCUAAGUGGGCAACAUUCUGUGGAACGUUUCCAGGAGUGCGACCUGAGGAUUUUUCGAUUGCUGCUGCGUUCUUGCAAGUUGUAUGUAUGACAGCAGAGCUUUGUUUCCGCAAGGAACAAACGACUUUUUGGCUUGUCGCGACUAUCAUUUAUUUAGAUAUUAUACCCACAUGAGCUCGCUCUACGAGAUUUACGAGGUGAAGGAAUGAGAAUCUUUUCAGAAACCACAAUA